ACACCGGGGGGGGGCGCAGGGUCGGGCACGGGCGGCUGGGGGCGGCCGCACUCCGGGAAGCGGAACUCGGAGGCACGGGAGGGGCCCGGAGGGGGAGAGCCCGGUCCUCGGUGCGGGCUUGGGACGGGGGUACCGGGGGUACCAGGGGGAAGCCAGAAGCCCGCUGAAGCCCAGCCAUGGGGCGGCCCAGGAAGGAUGCCGGCAGCACCGCGUCCCCUCGGCCAGCGGCGGCCCCCAAAACGUCCCCCGCUGCCCCGCCGCCGUCCGCCUCGGCUGCCCGUGCCUCCAGGAGCACGCCGGUGGCUGGACGGAGCCAGGAGGCGAAGCCCAGCUCGUCCCAGCCAAAAUCCACGGCGGUGACAUCCCGCAGGGCGCGAGGCGGUGCCGGGGAGCAGCGUGGAGCGGCCGGCGGGGGCUCCUCCGCCAGCACGAGGAAGACGACGGCCACCAAAGGAGCUGAAGGCCAAGUGAAGGCUGAGCCGUGUCCCAGCAAGGCUUCGUCCCGGUUCCUGCCCCCCCUGGACAGCCAGGACAUCCCCCGGGUGGAGAAGGAGACGCGGGGCCAACGCAACAACCCCAAGUGGUACGAGUGGAGGGAGAACCGCAUCACGGCCUCGGUGGCGCCGCGCAUCGCCGGCAGCAAGUUCGCCAACGGGCGGACGGACGAGGUGCCGCGGUCGUACCUGAAGGCUGUGGUGAGCCCUGGCCCCACGGCGCAGACGCCGGCCAUGUCGUGGGGCAUCCGCAACGAGAAGGCGGCCGUGCGGGCCUACGAGCAGCUCAAGUCACAGGAGGUGGGCCGGCCGGUGCGGGUGGAGGACUGCGGCCUCUUCAUCCACAAGGAGAAGACGUGGCUCGCCGCCAGCCCCGACGGCGUCGUCACCGAGGCGGACACGGGGAAGCCGCUGGGGCUGCUGGAGGUGAAGUGCCCCUACAAGCACCGCAACAGGACGGUGAGGGAGGCCUGCAAGGACCGGGACUUCUGCCUGCGGGUGGACGGCGACUCCUACGCGCUGAAGCGGGACCACGACUACUUCACCCAGGUGCAGUGCCAGAUGGCAGCCGCCGACAUGCGGAAGGCCGACUUCGUGGUGCACACCAAGAAGGAGACGGCCGUGGCCCCCGUCGAGUUCGACGACGAGUUCUGGGGGCAGACGGUGCCCAAGCUGGAGAAGUUCUACACCGAGGCCGUGAUCCCCCACCUGGAGGGGCAGGCCAGCAGCUCUGUGUGGGCCAAGGAGGAGUAGGUGCCCGUCCUUGCUCUCCAGGAUGCUCGCUUGGCUUUGGGUUGGCCGCGCAAACCCAGCUUGGGCCCCUAGAAUAGAAGCUGCACCUGAGUUUUCUGCUGUCUGUCGAGCACUCACUGCCUCUGCCCCAGCGCUGCUGCAUCAGGAUGGAAGAAUCUGCACCAGAAGGGCCUGAUUUGGGAAGGGACCCGCCAGUAAUGACUUCAUCUGCCCAACGAAGGAGAAAAGUCCUAGAGCCCGUCCAGCACGGCCCUGUGCUCACUGCCCACCAGUUGAAGCCCACAGCACUCCAAUGGCAGCCAGCACACACCGAGCCCACCUGCGGGGAACGCCAGAUCGCUCUGCACUGGAAUAAUGGACUCAUUUUGUGGGGAAAACUGGAUCCUUCAGCACCUACACUACUGUCAGGACUAAUCCUUAAUUCUUCUCUGGAAUGGGAACAGAAUCACGGAGGGUUUGUUAGAGCCCGAGAGCAAAUCAAAGCCUUUGAGAUAAAUCACGUUGUGCCUUAGCAGUCACAGCGGGGACACCGUUCCUCCCGAGCCACCAGCCCUGCUGGCCCUGGAGCCGUCCCAGGGCGCUCAGAAAGGGGGCACUGGCUGCAGGAUGGGGACGGGGAUGCCUGUUGAGGUGACCUCCACAGCGGGGAGGCUCUGGAAGAGAUUCCUGUGCCACGCUCCACGCACUGCAGCAGGGCAGGGAGGUGAGCAUCACCCCUUUGCAGCAUGGCUCGCUCUGUUCAAUAAAACCUGUGGUGGAUUGCA